AUGAGAUGUUUCGGCAUGCCAUGUCAAAUAUUUUUCGCCGAUGAUUUUGAUGGUGAUAUACAAUCGACACAUCAAUGCUGUGGUGGUAACGUUCACAUUAAAAUGGCAACAUUAUAUGUCGCAACAUCAGCAUUAAUAUUAUGUGCUUUUAAUAUUGCUAGCAUGUGUUUUGGUAUUUAUUCAGUGAAUUUAAUACUUGAUGUUAUAUUGAUUGAUUACUGUUAG